GCAGAUUUCCAAAUCAGUUGCUGGGUUUAAAUCUGAUUUCCCUAUUAAAUAAAUACUGAGCUCCUUCCUUAGCUGCUUGACCCAGUCAGCUGUGUUAAAUUCAGUCUUAGGCUUGGUUCCCAGCCUUAGCUUCUACACUUAUUUGUUUAAUCCAUUUAUAAAUUGCACACGCACACAGCUUAAAAGGCGCAUAGUCGAAAUGCCAUUAAAAAAUCAGACCAUAAAACGCUAGGUUUCCUGAUUUACGGCUUAUUGGAAACAGUGUGUCGCUCCUUGUUAUUAGGAAGAUUUAUGAACUGAGAUUUUUUAUUACCCUGUAAUGGGUUUUUGGAAAGGGUUGGGAAGUUCAUUUGCAGUUUAAUUUCAAAUAAUGAUGAGGGUGGAAUUUGAAAAGUGGAGCGGCUUAGACAGGCUGACCAGAGGUCCUCCUUUUCCCAGGCAUGACCUACAUUUCAACCUUCUGUCCAGGAGGAAUUCCCAAACGUCCUCCAUUUGGAGGUUGACUGAGAAACAUGAAUUUACAUUUAUGUAAAGGAAUUUAUGAUGAAGCGUUAAGCAGUUUCUUUCGAAACGUGAACACUAGGACAGAUGGUGAUGGCAGCGACACUUCCAGAGGAAAAAUUUGUUCCUUAAAAGCACGUGCCUUGCUGAUUGACAUGGAAGAGGGUGUAGUGAAUGAAAUUCUACAGGGGCCUUUGAGAGAUGUCUUUGAUAGCAAGCAGCUGAUCACAGAUGUUUCUGGCUCAGGGAACAACUGGGCUGUGGGCCACAAAAUAUAUGGCUGCCAGUACCGAGACCAAAUUGUGGAACAGCUGAGGAAGACCGCUGAACACUGUGACUGUCUGCAAUGUUUUUUUAUCAUUCAUUCCAUGGGAGGGGGAACAGGAUCUGGGCUUGGUACAUUUAUACUAAAAAUGCUUGAGGAUGAAUUUCCAGAAGUUUAUAGGUUUGUUACUUCAGUUUAUCCAUCUCGUGAGGACGAUGUCGUCACAUCUCCUUAUAACAGUGUAUUAGCUAUGAAAGAGCUCAGUGACCAUGCAGACUGUGUAUUGCCAAUUGAAAAUGAAUCUCUGUUUGAUAUAGUUAGCAAAAUUCAUCAAAUGACCAACUGUGGAAAGCUAGGAUCAGCUGUAAAGCAGACCAGCUUGAUAACUUCAAGUGCAGGUGGAAUAAAACACAUUCGGGAGAAAGCAUUUGAUGCUAUGAAUAAUAUUGUGGCAAAUUUACUGUUGAACUUGACAAGCUCUGCUAGGUUUGAAGGCUCUCUUAAUAUGGAUCUUAAUGAAAUCAGCAUGAAUUUAGUUCCUUUUCCUCGACUUCAUUAUCUGGUUUCCAGCUUGACACCACUGUAUACGUUGGCAGAUGUUAACGUACCUCCACGAAGGUUGGACCAAAUGUUUUCAGAUGCUUUUAGUAAAGAUCAUCAGCUGUUACGAGCUGACCCAAAACACAGCUUAUACCUUGCCUGCGCCCUCCUAGUGAGAGGAAAUGUACAGGUUUCGGAUCUUCGUAGAAAUAUUGAAAGGAUGAAACCAUCACUUCAGUUUGUCUCCUGGAAUCAAGAAGGAUGGAAAACUGGCUUGUGUUCAGUGCCUCCUGUGGGCCAUUCCCACUCUUUGUUGGCAUUGGCCAACAACACUUGCGUAAAACCUACUUUCAUAGAACUCAGGGAAAGAUUCAUGCGGCUGUACAAGAAAAAGGCUCACCUUCAUCAUUACCUGCACGUUGAUGGGAUGGAGCAGAGCUCUUUCUCUGAAAGCCUUUCAUCUUUGUCAGAUUUAAUAGAAGAAUAUAAUCAACUAGAUGCUUCCAAUUGUGGACCAGCCGUAGAUCCUCCAAGACUGGAAAUAGCAGUAUAACAACUGAGGGGUUUGGUAGGGAGAACUUUAACAGUAAGCUAUCUCAAUGUGAUCUAGUCCAGGUUUAGAACUGUUAUGUACAUUUUUAGUGGAGAAUUUCAAGGAAAUAUUUUGGUUGGAUUACAUACUUAAGAAAGUGUCUUGUGUACUGAUUUGGACGAAUGUUGGUCUCAAAGGAGAGUGGAUAUGUUGAGUUUCACAUAUUUUUGAUAUUGCAUAUGUCAAGGAAGUAAAAAAGCAUAUUGUGUAAACUUUUUGCACUAUAUCUCUUCAUAUAUGAUUUUUUUAAAACUAAAGCAGUGUGCUUGAAGAUAUUUCUGUAUGUUUCUUACCAAAACAAACUUAUUUUGUAUAAUUGUCACUUUAUUUGUAAAUAUUUAUUGUAAAUGAUAUUUUAUUAACAGUUUCAGUUGUAAAAUAAAAAAUAUAUAGUUACAUAAAAUAUAAUCCAGCAUGUUAAAUCAGUGAUUACAGAUAAUAAAAUACAGCACUGUUUACAACAUUCCCCAAACUGUUACAUAUCUGAUGACCAACUACUCCAGAGUACCACUUGCACUAACUCUAAAUGACAUAUUGAUUACUGUAUACUCAAAACAUACUGAAACUCAAAUAUAUUAUAGUAUCACAUUUGACUUCAUAUACACUCUGAUUUCGGUUGCAAUUUGACUUAUGUUUGCAGAAGGAACUGGAAUCUAAAGAGGCUGUCUGCUUGGGUGGGAAGGAGUAAUGUGGU